AUGUAUUGCGAGCGCCACGUGACUGGACUCGUGACCCGAUGGGAUCGCUUCAUCUGUCUGUAUCAGUCCAUGAAGCAUAUUGUUUCGCGCUUGACUGUUGGUAUGCGGGCUAGAAUCCCGGCUUCAUCUCAGCGACAAGUAUGUACUGGCAGAUCCGACUCCUCUUUUCCAGCGGUGCUUACCCCAGAUUUCCAUGACGCUCGGUACUUGGAUCUGUGCAACUCAUCAUGGCAUGGCUACCCCACAAUCUGGUACAUAUCGGGUCCAAAUCUCACCAGAUGCACGACGAGAGAUCAUCAACUCUGGCAUCUCAUCUUGCAGGGAAGUGCAAUCUCCGACAAAGAUACACUCUGUCGUAAAAUGGCCGGUGCUCACAAAAUCUCUCGCUACCAUUAUGUGGAUGUAUCAUCCAUCAUGCGGAUCGUCAGAGCCCACAAUAGGGGCUUUGCCAAUGAUUAUAGACAACAGACAAGGUCCCUAUUUCCCGAUUUCGAUAUGACCUACGAGCAGCAUGGAAAGUCGACGUUCGUUUGGCGCCAAAGUCAGGGCUAUUCCCAAGUCCUAGGUUCUGGGACCGACGGAAGGAACGGGGCGACGUCUUACAUCGUUUACCCAUGUCGAUUACCCUGGUGGACGCCAGCACGCUACUUGCAGCUAUUGUGUUACAUCUACCCGUAG